AUGGGGAUCACAACGACUACAAAAGCGAAGGCUGUCAAAGCACAGCUCCCUUCCCGGCACCGGAUCACGAAGAUCGCUACGGCGUACCCCCAGAAGACGCGAGAUCGCAUGGCACAAGAACUCAAGAAGCGCCUAAUACCGUGGGUAGGUAAUACUGUGCCACUAGAUCUCAUCUUCAGGUGCAAUCUCAACAGCACAACUGGCAAAGCAGCCAAGAACUUCAGGGCGUGUGUGCAGCAGCCAAGGACUCGUCUAUUCAACAAAGUCUAUCUCAUGGAUAUCGAACAUCCUUCCUUUCAGAAGAUCGAAAAGUACCGGCUAUCGCAACUUCACGUCUACGAAAGCAAGCUCGAGGAGGGCGAGGGAGAAUGCUAUGAGAGUAAGACGUAUGUGGCUUGGGAGGACGGGUCCAGGACGGAGCUUAGCCAGGAGACGUGGAUGGAGUGUGAGAAUCGUUUCAAGGCUCUGGCUACUCUCAAGGGCGCGGUGACGACUAGGAUCGAGGUGGAGUGCGAAUUUGCUUGA